AUGGAAGAGACGCACUCUGCACUUAUCAACGUCCACCUAGACUCCCUGGCACUGACACCCUCUUAUCGGCCCCGCCAACUUUCAGUCGUCGCCACUCUCCUCCAUGAAGCAGGACACGGCUUAGUCGCGGGGGAUUUCAACCCAGUUCUACCAGAAGACCAGACACUCAUUGAAGAGAACAAUCUUAUAGAUGCAUGGAAAGCAGUGCACGGUGAUGAGCCUGGUUACACAUGGGGUGUUGAUGGCAACGAGCCGUUUCCGCCAAAUAGGAUGGACAGAAUCGCGAUGAUAGGAUAUCUGUCACUUAGCUCAACCAUACCUGUCUUGGCAGCCCAGGAAAACAAACUAAUCUCAGUGUUCCAAAUGGAACAUCUUCCCGUCCCGCAUGACCCGAUACAGGGUCACCCAGAAAUAGCGCUUGCCACAGCUCAAUUUCACGACCCUGGGCCAUUUCUCGAAUACCCAGAGCGGUACGGGAGCAUUCUAAAUGGAAAAUUCCCACAUGUACCUACUCAGGCCGACGCCAUGAGAGGUCACUUUUCCGCCGCCAUAGCAAGUAACGAUGUCAUCGACUAUUAUCAAGGGUGGCUGUUCUUUUCGUUGGUUCAGGAAUUCCUAGGAGAUUUCUACGACAUGAAGAAUUAUACGUCGUUCACUCUUGAUGACCAAGGGGAACUGAGCUCCGUAAUGCUUUCUACACGGACUUUGCAUGAUGAUCUGGCAUCACUAAGGACAUCGGGCCCCUUGGCAUCUAUUCGUGCGGGUGACAAAUACCACCUACACCUUGAAGAGUGUCUCGCGGCCGCCCUUGAUGCCUUCGACGCCAUUGACCAUAGGUUCCCUGGAUUCUUGAAGGUGUUUGACCAAGAGAUGAUUUGUCUGGCUAGCGUAGCUGAGAAGCUUGACUCGGCGCUCCAGACAGCUCUGGAGCAUGGGCCAAAGGAUGACAUGAAGAGUGAUAUUCAGUAUUUCCCAAAGUCAGCCAAACACCCAUGGUUCUACAAGAUAGCAUCACUGCUUGACCCAAUGAGCAGUGGUGUGAAAAUGGCAAUGAUAAAUGCAGGUUGGUGCCCUGGCGAUAUUAGCAAGAUUCGGGACUCCUUCACCAGUAUCGACGCUUUUUACUACCUCAGCAAAUUCAAAGCCGAUCCGACUGUCGCAGAUCUACACAAAGAUUGCCAAGAAUAUGGGUGCAGCUUGCAAGUACCUGCCGAGCCCAAACACGAAAGACCCGAGUGUGACUGUCCAGGAAUGGUAACUUUUGAGGAAGAGCAACUCAUCGAAAUUUACCAAAAGGGUGACAUUCCCUGUUUUGCAAUUGGGAAGUUGGAUGAUGGAAGUUUUGGCAUAGCUUUGAUCUCGUGUAGCAUCGACGAGGAAUCCCAAAAGGAUCCCGAUAAUCACUACGUUGCACUUUCGCAUGUGUGGUCAGAGGGCAUGGGAAACCCUCAGGCCAACUCUCUGCCCUUCUGCCAGCUAGCAUAUGUGAUGCACUGGUCGAUGAUGGCUUACCAACUGGUCGAGGAAAAAUUGCAGAGCGAAAAGAAAUCACAAUCAGGCAUCACCAUCCAAACAGAACGAAAGAUACGACAAGUUAACCUCUGGAUCGAUACGAUGUGCUGUCCCGCGACUCCGGGGUAUGGGAAGAAUCUGUGUCUUUCCAGAAUGCGCGAGAUCUACGCAAAUGCCUAUGCUGUCCUGGUCAGGAGCUCCAUCCUACAAGUAACAAGGAUAGGAAACCUUGUGCAAGACACGUCCAAGGGAAUAAUGGAUAUUGCCGCGAGGAUAUAUCUCUCGCCAUGGAUGCGUCGUAUGUGGACGCUGCAGGAAGGCGUUCUAGCUGGUACAUCCCGAGCUCGAGGCGCCGGCGACCGGCUCUGCUUUGCAUUCAGCGAUAGUUUGCUCUGCCUCGAAUCAGUCAUCGGUCUUUUGAAACAGGCGCCGAAACACGAGGCAGCGCUGGCGUUCCGCUUUAUUGCUGAGUUCCGUGAUCUCAGCGUUAGCAUGUGGAGGCUGUCUGACAAGAACAACCCAGUAAGUCGCAGCGGAAGUGGCUUUUUCGUGCAGAUGAUCGCAAAUGCGCUCAAAUACCGUACUUUAACGGUCGCAUCAGACGAGGUUAUAUGCCUUGCUACGCUGCUAGACUUACGAAUCAAUAGCACGCGUGGCGAAGUGAUGCCUCUGAUCGGUGACGGACAGGCCCCUGAGGAUGGGAUGUGCGAGCUGUGGCGUCGUAUAGAAGUUCUCCAGGGCUCCGCGGGCCUGCCCCCUGAUAUCAUCUUCACGUGCGUCCCACGUGUUCAGGUGCCCGGUUUCCGUUGGGCACCUCGAACCUUGGUCCAGUAUGCAAAGUAUGGUGAUCUCAAUAUCUCUUAUUCCACCCCUUACCAAGCGAAGAUUGAGCAAGGGGGGCUGAGGGUGAGGUUCCCAGGUGCGAAACUAACAUGUCUCGGUGCCUGGGAUACGAUCGGGAGACACUUACCUGACGGAAAACAAGCCACUGAUGGUAAUCAACAUGAGCUGAGCGAAAAUCCACGAAUGGGAAGUGAAAAGGCGACACCGCGGGUUCUAAUGGUAAAAAUACCACCAGACGGAGAUCAAUGGUAUGCAGUUCGCGUACAUGACAAGGUUAGCGAUAGGGCGGGAGGAGAUGCUGUUCCUGGAUCUGGAACAGGCAGGGAAUCAGAUGCAAGCCCAAUCUCAGACCCUAAAGACGACCUGGUGCGAUACCUCAAAACUGGCUCCGCUGCCCUCAUUUUCCAGCCGGGCAAGCUGAUUACUGGACCUGGCUUACUUGUCUCCAUUGAGACCACGCCGUCUACGACUGACUUGGGAAGCGCCCUAGAGAGGUUAGCCCUCACGAAAGAUCCGCUUAGGGUCCAUAGCGAAUUUCCUGUGAAGAUCAUGCCCCUAGCUGACACAGCCUGUGUUAUCGCGGAGGCGGCGCGGCACUGCGUUCGGGACCUGCGUCAGUCAGUAGUGGCUGAAGCGAGACAACGGGGAGAAGAUCUUACUGUUGAAGAUGUCUGGAAAGAUAACACACUUAUGUUUAAUCUACUUAGGAAAGUGGCCGUAGGGUUCUUGACAUCCUCAGAUAAACUGAAAGAAGCGUUGUAUUUUGAGGUGUUGUCUCGUAGGGCAUCGGCGACAGACGAGAGCGCAUUGGAAACUUUCUUGACCUAUGUCCGCCAGAUGGCAUACUUCGGCGGAGGCAUGGAAGGGGAGUUGUAUGAUGAGGACUGUGAUUGGUGUGUGGAUUGA